GAUAUAUCACAUGGACGCGGUUAAACAGACACUAAUAUAGUGUUUGUAAACACGCGGAGGGAUCAGCGCAGGACAGAGCACUCCUCCGCGCAUGCGCAGUGCGUCACUCUGCGAUCCCCAGUGCUUUAAGCUGCGCGCUGCGUUUGUUGUGUCUACUGCUCCACAGUCCCUCGCUGUGAACUCUGUCAGGAUGGCUCUGAUCUCCAUCGAGGACCUGGCCGGCCUGGACGAUGAGCAGGUGGACGACGAGAUCCCCGACAGCACUGAGCCAAUGGAUGAGGAGGAGCAGGAGCGGAUGUACGCCCACUGGCAGGCGGUGGGAAGGACACACCACGUGUCUGUCCCCAGAGAGAUGAGAGGACCCAUUGAGGAGAUGACGAGGAGGAACCAGAGCUCAGAACGAGAGCCAGUGCCUUCUGUCACCGUCUCCAGACACGAGAAGCUUGGCGAGGUCUUGUACGAGGAGAGAGUGUAUCCUCCAGGAAAAUGGGCAUGUGUCAGUAAAGCAGACAUGCUGUAUGAGCAAAGCAUCUCCAAUGCUUUUAUGAAACUGAUGCGCUUCAUCUGCAAGGAGAAUUCAACAGGACGGUACCUUGGCAUGUCAGUACCCAUUGUGAAUGAGAUUACGAUGGCAGAAGACGGCACUAACUUCAUGAAGGACGUGUUGACUGCAUAUUAUCUGCCCGCUGAGUUCCAGGCCAGACCACCUGAACCAUCGGAUCCUGAUAUCAGAAUCAUUCAAAGAGACGCGAUCCGCGUCAUAGCCAGGGUGUUUUAUGGCACCACAACGGAGGAGACCAUCUCUCGUCAGAUCAGCAUUCUUUGGGAGCUUCUGGGCAGCUCCGAGGAUGUUCUCCGAGACCGCUACAUGGUAGCCGUGUACGAGAAUCCCGGCGUACCCCAGCGCAGAAAUGAGAUCUGGUUCAUUCGCCGUGGCUCGUGAACAUUUCACAGCUCGCCUGUUAAGCCAGUAGAGACAUUUCGCCAGCUGAAUGUCUCGAAAUGAAGGGGAGGAGCUUGUCACAAUCAAAACCCAUUUAUCCUUUUGUAUUGUUGUGAGUGCGAUGCAGAAUACAUUUGUUUUUAAUCAGUGAGUAAAGAAACUGCAGCUUAUUACACAACUGAUACAGAUUACACACUAACACUGUGUAUAUAGUCUGCUGCUGAUUUCAGGAUGGACACAUGGAAGAGAUAUCAGUGGGUGGCCUGGCAUUUAUUUUUUAAAUCUGAUAGUAUGUAGAUAAUUCAUGAUGCUUACUGUGUUUUCUGCUUGAUUUGAAUAUUAUGCACUACUUGAAUUCACUUUGAUUGUUCCGUUUGUUUUAGUGUAAAAAUAUUGUUUUUGCUAGGUUUUCCAUUGUGCCCUAACAUGGUGUCUGAUAUUAAGAAAUACACAACUGUGAACCGAAAAUCCUUCAAUAAUGAGAUUUUAGUUCGUUAUUUGCAUUAUAUGCUGAUAGAGAAACAGGUUCAGUUUUGAGAUUUGCAGCUGGUAUUAAGAUUCAAUACUUAUAUAUUUACAGAUAUUGAAAUUUUAACUAGUCAUUUCAAUUUUGUGUUGAACUGUUGUAAAUUAAAAUAUUUUUUGUAACAGAUUAUCAAACCAUUUAUCAGACAAUCGUCAGCAAGAGCUUUUCUAUCACUAAAACUCAGAAUCUUCUACAUUUUUAUGAUAUGGGCCAAUUAAAUGAUCACCUGUUAGAUAUCAGUAGAGUAUUCCAGUUUAAAGCAGUCAUUUAACACAAAAUGGCAGUAGUAUGGUUUUUUUUUAUUAUUAUUACGGGUAUGCUUGUUGAUCUUGUUUCUUAAGAUAGAGUCUGAAAGUCUAGUAUAUCUAAAAACUAAGCUUUUUCUCCAAAUGAAUGGGACCGCCUGGCAAAAUAUCCAUUUGCAGAAGUAUUGUAUCUGAGCACUAUUUGGUCUCAAGGAUGUAACUGCAUUUACUUAUCAGUGUAUUUUUUGUUGUUGUGUUUCUAUGUAAUUUUGUACAAACGUAUGUACAACAUCAGCAAAACUCUUUAAAGUUUUGACAUUUGAUUCCUUGCUUUUGUGACACUGAUGGCUUAGGUGGUACUUUUAAUUGAUGUUUGCCUUGUCGAAGUAUAUUAAAACUUGCACACUCCCACUAAGUCUGUAUAAUAAUACUAAUAAUAA